CCUGAGCAGGUGCGUCCACGGCGCGUUUCUUUGCUGACAUCAUCGGCGUCGUUGCGCAGCUUCCGGCUGUCAGGUGAGGCGGAAGAGAAGAGAGGAGCGAAGAGUCACCCGUCAGCUCACCUGUCGAUAAGCAAGGAGGAAAAAAAUGAAUCCCAUCCCUUGCAACCUGAAGUCUGAGGCCAAGAAGGCCGCCAAGAUCCUGAGAGAUUUCACCCAGAUCUCCAACAGGACCGGGCCGGAUAAACUCAUCCCCGCUCACAUUAUAGCCAAGGCCGAGGGUUUGGCCAUCAUCUCCGUCAUCAAGGCCGGCUUCAUGGUCACAGCCAGAGGCGGCAGCGGCGUCGUCAUCGCCAGACUCGCCGACAGACGUUGGUCAGCACCGUCCGCCAUCGGCAUCGCUGGCCUCGGCGGAGGCUUUGAGAUCGGUGUGGAGGUAACCCAGGCAGCCUCCAGUCAGCCUCAGAGAUAUGGUCAGUUCGACCCCAUCAAUCCUCCAAGCUACGAUGUAACAGUGGGCGGGGCCACCAGCUCUCUGGUCGUCACGGCGACCCAUCCGUUCACCGGGCAGCAGCCGGGCGACCUGAGCUUCGUUCCCGGGGACCGCAUCACCGUCAUCACCAAGACCGACUCCCAGUACGACUGGUGGGAAGGGAAACUGGACAACGGGAAUGUUGGGAUAUUUCCCGCCAACUUUGUCACGUACUGACGUCGCCCCCUGGAGGUGGGAUGGAGUGUUGGAGGAGCGAAAACUACAGGUUCUGAAGAAAAAUGGAAGAUUUCACUCUUAAUGAUGAUCUUUUAAAAAAAUUCAUUCAGUAAUUGACGGUUUUUAUUCUCAGUCGUUCAGUAUUUUGUCCGUACAGCAGAAACGUUUGUAUAGUUUGUAGAUCUGCGGGGAUUUUAACCUUUUUUACCGGGUUUGGGUUUAUUAGAAUUUAAACACUUUGGAGCUAAAAACACUUUAUUUUUUCAGGUUAAUGAAGGUUUAUUUUUAAACAUUAGAAGUUAAUAUCUUCCGCUGCCUUUCAUUAGUUCUAGAUGUUAUAUUUCUACAAGUAUUACAGCAGAGGGGGGGUUAGACUCACAGGGCACAGUGGUUUUAAUUUUAACCUCAGUCAUCUAGAAUGAGAAAUGUUUAGUUAUUGGUGAAAGUUUUAGAGAGAAUAGGAUUUAAAUAGUUAUUUCUGUUACAGAUUGUGCUGUUAUGUUGGGUGUUGGUUUCUUGCCUGGAACAUUGUUAAUAAACUCAGUUUAAGGGUUAAAGAUUAAUGUUGCUGCUUCUUGUCUGAUGAAUGUUUCAGAAAGUUG